UCGCUAACGUACUCUUGAAGAACUACAGGCAGUCAUUAAUGUAGCGUUACCCUAGGAAAAUCAAGCACCGUUUGCCUGCAAAACUCUUCACACAUAUCUGCUAUAAAUAUCUUUGCAACAUUGCAGAUACAGACUGCAGGAAAACUAAUGUUUUGUUGUUAUAUGUGGAGAUAAUGUAUAUAACGUUUGUGUUCUGUGUAUUGUUUGAUGUAAAGAUUAGCAAGAGGUAAUGGAAGCGUUUUCAUAGUUUACAGGAAUAACUAAAGGCAUUUUACCAUGGGUAGAGGGAAAUCUACCGAUUUUACUGAAUCCGGGUACCAGCCAGCUGGGAUCUAUGGAUGGAGGAAACAAUGUUUAUACGCUACCAUACUGUUUAUACUGGUCAUAGUUAUAAUGAACCUUGCACUGACAGUGUGGAUAUUAAGAGUACUUAACUUUAAUAUUGAAGGUUUACACAUGGGCACAAUAAGGAUCACGAGUGAAGGAAUAACUAUUGAUGGACGUACGGACGUGGUCAAAACAUUAUAUGCCUCUAGUAUUGCAUCAAAACCGAACAAAGUUUUAAAUAUAGCAUCUGAAAGGGACAUACUGCUAAAAUCAAGAUAUUCCGAAGACACUAAUACUUUCCAUAUAGGUAAAAAUAAAAUAGAAGCAUCGUGUGACAGUUUUGAAGUUCGUGAUCCCAAAGGGAAAAGUCGUUUUAAAGUCACAGAGAAAGGGGUGACGUAUGGGAGUGACGAAGUAACGUACAGUGGAAAAGCAGUUUUCAAUGGUUCCAUAGAAACACCAAGCAUACGUGGUCCUCACGUAGGCUCUCUCAGGCUAGAGUCAGCGUCCAGUUCAAUCAUUCUGUCCGGCAGGGAUGGUGUCCUUAUAGAGGCUCCAGAAGGAAAUAUUGACAUGAAAAGUGCACAUGACAUCAUAUUCAGUGCUAAAGAAAGGAUUACUUUUAAUGCAACAAGAGUUUACAUGAACAACAUAGACAUUAGUUCGCCAAACGGAAGCGGAAAACAAUACAGUGAUGUUUACCAGCUGUGUAUGUGUCAGAAUGGCCGCCUUUUUCUAGCUCCCUCUGUCGGUCGCUGUGUGACUGAAAGACAAACGUGCUCGUGACAAAAAUUAAUUUGUUAGCUAUUCCAUAUUGGGAUCUUUAUAUUGUUCUAAAUAGAAAAUAAAGACUGAUAAAGAUUUA